AUGGAAAAAGUACAAGAUGAAUCAAGUGGAAUUUUUUUUAUCAACGGUCCGGGUGGGACAAGAAAAACUUUUUUAUAUAGAGCACUCUUGGCUGAUGUCAGAUGUCGUCAUUUCAUAGCUUUAGCAACUGCAUCGUCUGGAGUGGCUACAUCUUUAUUGCCUGGAGGUCGAACUGCUCAUUCAAGAUUUAAAAUCUCUCUAGAAAAGGUAGGUGAAAUCAACUGCUCUAUUAGCAAGCAAUCGGCAUUAGGAACUUUAUUGAAAAUGUGUAGGCUAAUAAUUUGGGAUGAGGCACCUAUGGUAAAUCGUUGUGCUGAAGAAUCUGUAGAUAAAAUGCUUAGAGAUAUUACUGAUUGUAAAUUGCCUUUUGGUGAAAAAGUAGUAGUUUUAGGAGAAGAUUUUAGACAAAUUCUACCAGUCGUACCUAAGGGAAACAAAGAAGACAUAAUAAAGGCUAGCAUGAUUUACUCGUAUUUGUGGUCGUCUUUUGUACAUUUAGCACUGGUUGAAAAUAUGAGAACGAAGUCUGAUCCCAUUUUUUGUGAAUACUUACUUCGAAUUGGAGGUGGAAUAGAAGAAGAACAUACUUGCAACUGUAUUAAGCUACCAAAUAGUAUAGUUCUGCCAUUCGAAGAUGAAAUUAUGUCUUUAAAAAAAUUGAUACAAUGUGUGUUUCCCAAUAUAGACACAUAUGCCGAUCAUUUAUAUACGAUGGUCAAUCGUGUUAUUCUUACGCCUACAAAUGAAUGCGUUGACUACAUUAAUGGACUUUUGCUUGAACAAAUUCCUGGUCAAAGUUUCACGUACUAUAGUUUUGAUGAAGCAAUUGAGAAAUUAGAACAAAGCCUACAUGAAGACUUUUUGAAUACUUUGAUACCUAAUGGUAUUCCACCUCAUGAGUUCAAACUAAAGAUGAAUUGUCCUGUAAUGUUAUUACGAAAUAUCAAUCCUUUCGAGGGGUUAUGCAAUGGAACACGCCUUACCUGUCGAAAAUUUGAGAGAAAUGUCAUUCUUGCUGAAAUCACAACUGUACAGUUAGAAAGAAUUGAAGGAGAAAUAUAUUUGGCUAAUGGAUGGGAAGAGUUUUUCGAUCAUCAUAACUUACAGGAUGGUUAUGUUGUAGUAUUUGAAUCUAAUGGAAAUUCAAUGUUGAAUAUGAGGAUAUUUGAUCAUUCUAGAGCAGAGAUUACAUAUGACUCAAAUUAUGAAGUAGAUGACGACGAUUUAAAUAUGGAUAAUCCUGCAUUUGAAUUAAAACUUACGCUAGAUCAUAAUAACCUUUGA